AGGCUGGUUUGGGACUUGCCUACCCGCGGGACCCACCUUGUCCCAGCGACUGUAUUUGCAUAACAGAGACUGCUAGCUUCCUUCCCGCCCCUCCGGCGCGCUCUUCUUCCCUCCUUCCCCGGGCUCCUCCACGCCACAUCCCCGGUCGCCCGCCGCUUCCCAGCGGACCCCUCCUCCUUGGGACUCCCUCGUGGAGCUCCCAGCUCCAGAGCUCUUCUGCCCGAGCCGAGCGGGGAGUCCGGAGGCGCCGGGGGGAGGGGAGUCCUGGGCAGGGCCGGGCUGAGGAAGACGCCUGGGGCACUGCCCGCUGCUAACAAAGGGAGCCGGCUACCGACCGGCUUGGGCGCGGAGCGGGCUGCACACACGGAGCGGGCGGAGCUGCAGCAGCCUGCGCGGUUCAGGGCGCAGCCAGCAGGGGUAGAGCCAAUUGUGCAGAGCUCUGCAGCAAGCAGCCUGGAGAGAAGCAGUGGAUGUCAUGCAGCCCAGCUGAAACGAAGUGGCCCCUGGGAGCCUGUCCCCAGCCCUGGUGCCAGGUCUCCAUCCCAGCACUGAGGUGUGUUCCGAUUAUAAAGGUAAAACGUGCUCCUAGGAUUUUUUGGAAGAAUAUUGAUGUGGAAGCAAAGAAAACGUGUCUGAAAUCCUACCUAUAUUGGCAACCCUUCAGAUGUUUUUUGAUCAUCCUGAGAGGAAUGAGCCUAGGCCUCCAGAUCCGAUAAAGAGAACCUGUCACCCAUGGAGAGUAGUGCUACUUCCUGAGGACGUGGAAGGCCUGCAGCCCACCGGGAAAUAGCCUGAAGCAGGCUCGUUCUCCUGCUCAGAUUGGAGUGGCUUCUCUCAACACACUCUUCAUUAUGAUUCAUACCAACUUGAAGAAAAAAUUCAGCUGCUGUGUCCUGGCUUUUCUCCUGUUUGCUGUCAUCUGUGUGUGGAAAGAAAAGAAGAAAGGAAGUUACUACGAUUCUCUUAAAGUGCAAACCAAGGAAUUCCAAGAGCUGCAGAGUCUGGAGAAACUGGCCAUGGGGUCUGGCUCCCAGUCUGUGUCUUCAAGCAGCACUCUCAAGACCCCACUCAGGGGCGGCCAGGCCCUCAGCAGCCCCAGGGCCCCGGCCAAGGCCAAACCAGAGACCUUCCCCUUCCAGGUGUGGAACAAGGACAGCUCAUCCAAAAACCUUAUCCCCAGGCUGCAGAAGAUCUGGAAGAAUUACCUGACCAUGAAUAAGUACAAGGUGUCCUACAAGGGGCCAGGGCCAGGCGUUCAGUACAGCCCAGAGGCCCUGCGCUGCCACCUCCGGGACCACGUCAAUGUGUCCAUGGUAGAGGCCACAGAUUUUCCCUUCAACACGUCUGAAUGGCAGGGUUACCUGCCCAAGGAGAACAUCAGGACCAAGGCUGGGCCGUGGGGCAGGUGUGCUGUUGUCUCAUCAGCUGGAUCUCUGAAGUCCUCCCAGCUGGGCCGAGAAAUAGAUGGUCAUGAUGCAGUCCUGAGGUUUAAUGGGGCACCCACAGCCAACUACCAACAAGAUGUGGGCACAAAAACUACCAUUCGCCUGAUGAACUCUCAGCUGGUCACCACAGAAGGGCGCUUCCUCAAGGACAGUUUGUACAAUGAAGGAAUCCUGAUUGUGUGGGACCCCUCUGUCUACCACGCAGAUAUCCCCAAGUGGUACCAGAAUCCCGACUACAAUUUCUUCAGUAACUACAAGAGCUACCGCAAGCUGCACCCCAAUCAGCCCUUUUACAUCCUCAAGCCCCAGAUGCCUUGGGAACUGUGGGACAUCCUCCAAGAAAUCUCCCCGGAAGAGAUCCAGCCAAACCCGCCAUCUUCCGGCAUGCUUGGCAUCUUCAUCAUGCUGACGCUGUGUGACCAGGUGGAUAUUUACGAGUUCCUCCCGUCCAAGCGCAGGACUGACGUGUGCUAUUACUACCAGAAGUUCUUCGACAGCGCCUGCACCAUGGGUGCCUACCACCCGCUCCUCUUUGAGAAGAACUUGGUAAAGCAUCUCAACGAGGGCACGGACGAGGACAUUUACCUGUAUGGGAAAGCCACCCUGCGUGGCUUCCGGGGUAUCCACUGCUGAGUGGGGCAGGGGGCCAGGCCUCCUCCCUCUCCUCCGUCAGGCAUCGUAUGACUGGUUUCAUGGCCACCCCAGCCUCUGAUGACCGUUUUCCCGAACUCUCCCAGCCUGCUCCUUGCAUUCUGUGGCUUUCUGUGAGCAAGAGCUUGGGGGCUUCGGGAGCCUGGGGGAAGGAACCAGCUCUGGCCAUCCCUGCAGGCACAGAGAGUGUGGAGCCCCACCCACCUCCUGUCACACGGAUGAGCCAGCAUCGUCUCCAGAUAGCAGCCUGCCCUCCUUCCACGUGGGUAGACGCCAGACCCAACUUUUCUACCAGGACUGCCACGGCUUAGCCAAGGUUUUGCCCAACUGAAUGAUGUCAUUCUCACAAACCAGCACUCUGUGUGGCCAGAAAUCAGCACCUGGAUAUUGAUUUCGUGUUUCAAGAGCUCUCAGAAAUGAUGGUUGUACGAGGUGAUCUGGCUCUGGGGGGACAAGCCAUUGGUACAGGGCAUGAGAAACACGUUCGGUUCCUCCAGAGCAAAGUUGCUGCCAGGGUCCCUGCCUGUGGCACACGGUCCUAUCACUCCAGCUGGUUGGGUUGGUCCCUAGCCUGGGUGCUUGUGAACAAAGGGUUUGGAGUGGCUCUCUGGCUGGUCCUCACAAGGUGGGAGGUGUGUGGUGUCACUGCUAUGUCCUCCACCCACCCUGCAAAGGAAGCGACAUCAGAAUCCCCCAGCAGAGGCCAGCCCGCUAGGACUGGCAGACUUGGUCCUCAGUGAGUUUGCUAAGCCCUCGCCCCUUUUUGGGAACCCACAGUGGAGCUGUCAGGGCCCUGGUGCAGAGAUUAAACAGCUUGCUCAAGGCCAAGAGUAGAGCAAGUCCCAAGAGUCCCCUGUCUGGAUUCCCAAGGCCGGCCCCACAUGCUCAAGGGACUCUGGUAUUUAAGCUUCGAACCAACCAUCUUGCACCUGGGUUACUCGUGUGCUGCUAAACCCUUGGCUUACAUGGGUAACAGAAAAAGCACUGGAAUGGGAAGUCCCAAGUUUUCAAUUUGAUGCACCUCUACUUACCAGAUGUGCCAUUUUGGGAAAAUCCUGUUCCCUGAGCCUCUGUUUCUAUGUCUAUAAAAUGGGGUGAUGAUCCUACCUCACAGGGCUGUUGUGAGGAGUGCAUCAAAGCACCUGUCCUGGCUCAGGACUGGUGUUCAGUACUUACUGGUUUCCUUCCUUUCUUUAUGAAGGACUUACUCUGUGCAUACACCUGGGCUGGACCCCCCUGUGCGGGAGGAGAGGAUGGGGAUAGAAGUGGGGGCCCUGUCCUCAGAACAGUGACUUCCCUACUGGGAGACAACAGCUACCCCCAGGAAUGCCCAUGGAACCCUUUGAGGCGGUUGACCACGAGCCUCUUCCUCACUGCCUGCAGCCCAGGUCUGAUUCCAUAUAGGAAUGGGUGGGGCAUCUGGGUUGCUUACCUGCUGUUUGGGAGAAGCCUUGGACCCUUCUCUGGGCCCAUAGAUUCCUGGCUUGCUUCAUGUUCUGAUGCGACUCGUGGUGACCGGGAAUCAUGACCACUGAGUGCCAAUGGGGGGUGGGGAGCCCAUCAGCAGGAGAUAUGUUGGUGUGGAGACUGAGACUACACUGGGUAGAAUCUAGUUGUUAAUUGUUAUUAUUAAUAUAAGGGAUCAAAUUAAUUUAAGUAUGAUUCUGAAGUCUACAGGGCUUACAGUUCUGUGCUCUCUAGAUGUGGAAACUUUAAUAAAAUGCACAUAAGAUAUGGGUAUUAUUGUUGGUCUGGUGAGUUGUUUGAUCUAUGUGACAGAUGAUUUUAAGAUUAUUACUGCUGCUGCAGGAAAGCUUCUCUCUACAGAUUCUGUCUUCUUCAGCAGUCACCUGUUCAUCCUGUGUCAUGAGGUUCUGUCCGAUCCUUCUACCGAUCAAAUAAGCUAUUGCUUUUGGUUUGGAGUUGAGACAUUGAUCUCCGAAACUUCUGAAACAUGCCUAAGCUAAUUCUGAAUUACCCAAAGAUUAUGUACAAUUUUAAAAUAAAUGUGUUUUUUUAA